CGUUGUUUUGUAUACUCCACUUUGACGUAACAUCCUGAAGUUGAGUUUACAUUCCCUGAAGCAAUAUUAACGAACCACAGCGUCGUCACACCGUUGUACUUGCUGUAGCGACUUCCACCGUAAGUUAACCGACUUCCACGGUGUUUUUAUUUUUUAGACCACUCUGUCACUUAACAAUGAAUUGUUUCCUGGAAACCCUAAAAGUCAUCCUGUUGUCACUAUGGUUCAAUGUGGAAUCCUUCAUUCACUGGUUUAUACCUAAGAAGAGGAAGAACAUAUCCGGUGAGAUCGUUCUAAUCACAGGGGCCGGCAGUGGAAUUGGUCGUCUUAUGGCCCAGGAGUUUGCAGCUCAUGGUACUACUGUGGUGUUGUGGGACAUUAACCAGGAAGGCAUGAAGGAAAGUGCCCGAUUAGCCAAACAGAGUGGUGCCAUUCGUGUUCACUACUAUCUUUGUGACUGUAGUGACAAAAAUGAGGUCUACAGAGUGGCAGACCAGGUAAAGCGAGAGGUGGGUGAUGUCAGCAUUCUAGUAAAUAAUGCUGGCAUUGUGACUGGAAAAACGUUCAUGGACGCUCCAGAUUCCCUCAUCGAAAAGACAAUGGAGGUCAACACCAUGGCGCACUUCUGGACCUAUAAAGCAUUCCUUCCUGCCAUGAUGGCAAAUAAUCAUGGCCAUUUGGUUAGCAUUGCCAGCUCUGCAGGUCUCAUAGGAGUCAAUGGAUUGGCAGACUACUGUGCCAGCAAGUUUGCAGCAGUAGGUUUUGCAGAAUCCGUGGGUUUGGAACUCCUGGCAACUGGGAAAGAUGGGAUCAAGACCACCAUUGUUUGCCCAUACUUCAUCAAUACUGGAAUGUUCGAUGGAUGUCAAACUAAAUGGCCAAGAAUUCUCCCAAUUCUUGAUCCAACUUUUGUUGCCAAGAAGAUCCUCCAGGCUGUCCUCACGGACCAGGUCUAUCUUCUGUUGCCCAAGAGCAUGUACAUCAUUGCUGGACUCAAGAAUAUCCUCCCGAUGAAGCAAGGCCUCCUGCUCGGUCAAUACUUGGGUGCCUUCAACGUGAUGGAUUCAUUCCAGGGAAGAAACAGAAAAAAGGACUAAGGACAGAGGAGGGAGAUAAAAGUGCAGGGAAGGAUGCCAGAAAUGAAAAGAUGAUUAUGUUCUACAUUGUGGCAGAAUUUUCACAGAGUAGCUACCUCCUAUCAGUGGUUCAAGAGGUCUUUCGAAUUAAGUCCUAUUUGCUUUCAGUCAGUGUGGAGCAGAGGUACCAAGCUUUUUGAGACACAGCUACUUUUUGUGUACUGUGUGAAGGGUUACCAAUUUGAUAACACAUUUCAUCUCAUUACCAUUCAUAAUAUUAGUAUGUGUUGUUAAUGACAUACAUUUUGAGACACUGAUCAUCUUAAUGUCUCACAAUAACAGAUAAAUUCUUUUUUGCAUACAUUUCUUCCAGUGUCCACUUUUUUAAGUGAUAUAAAUUCCUACAGCAGUACUUAAUAUUUUUGUAUGAUUAUUUUAUUUUUCCCUUUCACUGAAAUUAUAAACCAAAACUUAGUUCUGCAUAUAUUUACUUACAAUCAUCUGUUUUGUUUGUGUUCAUUCCAUUUUGUCUUCUCACUUAUACCGUUCACCCGGAAAUUUUUCAUUUGAAAUGAUUGAAUGUGAGGGAAUCUUGUACCAAGCCUUUCCAGAUCCAGUUCCUCCUUGCACUGUUUUAAAUUGUGCUAAACAAACAAAUAAUUCCUAGAAAAUCACAAUGUGCUUUCACUGUUUAGCUAUUUUUGGAACAGCUCUGCGGGCUACUCCUCUAAAUGUUAAAUAGAUGGCACUUACAAUGUGGCAAAAAGGUAUUAAGUUAGUUUAGUCUCCCAUGGUGCAAGUUGUCCCACUUAAAAUUACAAGAGUUCUUCUCAUAGGUACACUUCAACUGUGAGGUACUUCAAUACCUAUUUUUCACUAUAAAUUCCUUAAAAAUCCUUAACUCUGACCGUUUGGUGCCCUAACUGCUUUACAAUACCUCACAUACACACAUCAAUGGGAGGCUAUUGCCAGGUCCACUGGGAGCAAUUUAGCCUUGCUCAAAAAUACAUAAUUAUGGUGACCUGAGUUGAGGAUUAAACCCACAACCUUCAAUUUGGGAGACCACCUUGCUACCGCUGAGCCACGUCAAUCUAGACUU